UCUUUCGUUCAAACAUGGCGUCUGGCGGGAGCCGUGGAGCACGUUCUUCGGGCUCAGGCGCGAUGGACGCCGAGGAGGAGACCUCUGUCUUCGUGUACGACCGCCGAGAGGGCGACUACCCCGAGAGGAAGAUCCAGCUAGGCGGGGUGUUCAAGUUCGAGUCGUUUAAGGCCCGAAUCCGCGAGGUGUUUAAGCUCAAGGAUGAUGAGGAGUUCGUGGUCGUGACAACCAACAGAGAAGAGAUCAAAGAUACCAAGACAUAUGAUAAGUUGUUGGAGGAUGGAGAUACCCUGUAUAUCCUGAACAAUGUGGAUCAAGAGCUAGCUGCACCCACACAGGAGCGAAUCGACUACCUGCCUCACUAUGACACUCUAGUGAAGAGUGGCAUGUACGAGUACUACGCUAGCGAGGGACAGAAUCCACUCCCCUAUGCCUUUGCUGAGUUGAUUGACAAUGCUCUAGCAGCAACUGCUGACAACGUGGGUGACAGGAAUAUUGAACUCCGCAUUAUUCUGGAUGACAGGAUUGAAGGAGGGAAACACUGUAUCUGUGUCCUUGACAAUGGGCACGGCAUGACCUCUAAGGACCUGAACGACUGGGCCGUCUACCGACUUUCCAAGUUCAACCGCAAGGACAGGCGGAGAAGCACGGGUGGGGCUGGUCAGUCCACUCCCCAGGCUACCGUGGACACACGCACACGCGUCGACCCCGCCGCUGGGGACAGUGACUUGGGUUUUUGGAGGCCACGGUCUCUGAACAGUGAGAUCUCAUAUUUCGGUGUGGGAGGCAAACAGGCUGUGUUCUUCAUUGGAACAACAACAAGGAUGAUCACAAAACCCAAGAAUUCCAAAGAUGUCCAUGAGUUGGUGAUCUCACAGGAAGACUUUGAGAAGAAAGAGAAGAACAAAGAGAAGAUCUACAGUGGGUACAUCAGGAACAGGAAGCCCGGCGACACCUCCCACAUCAGCUCGGAGGAAGAACACAUCAGGAAGAUCAUUACAGAAGAGACUGGUAGAGAGAGCUUCACAGCUGUGGUGGUGACAAAUGUUAACACUGUUCAUCUCAAGUUCCUCAAGGACUACAUGAAGUACUGGCCAAAACAACUCAGCCACAUCUACCAUUACUACCUCCAUGGCCCUCAAGGAAAUAUUGCUGCAGCUGAAGGGGGGAGGAAACCUCGAUGUGACAGCCCUUCACAACACAUCCACAUCCAGAUAAAACUCAUCCAGAUGGGUCGUAAGGAGAAGAUAGUGGACCUUAGAGACUUGCAGGACGACAUGCAGACUCAGUACAUCCAGAAAUCUGCCGACAGUUUUGAGUUCAAGGCUACGGUGGAGGGGACGGGAAUAGUGGAGGGAAUCCUGCGCUAUCACCCGUUCUUGUAUGACCGGGAAACCUACCCACCCGACAUGUAUGCUCCACCUGUGGUUGAAGAAGAUGAGGAAGACUUAGUGUCAACCGAUCGCCCUGCAAGAGGAAAGAGACCCAUUUUUGAGUGUUACUGGAACGGGAGGCUCAUCCCAUACACAUUUGUAGAUGAUUUUGAAUGGUGCAGUCCACCCAAGAAGAGGGGCGUGAUCCCCAUGGAAUGUUACAACAGGAUCUCAGGGUGUCUCUUUACCAACGACAAGUUCCAGGUCUCAACCAACAAGCUGACCUUCAUGGACCUGGAGGUCAGGCUCAAGGACAAGAACACCACCUAUUCCAUGGUCAAACAAGGACAGGAACAGCGAGCAAAGAUAGACCGCCAGUUCUUUGAGUGGUUGAAGGACUGCCAUGAGAAGUACGACAAACAAGUGAAGUUCUGCGGGUUUGGUGGCUCCAUCACCAGGCCCGAGCUAGCCUCCAAGAAACAGCAGGCUCCUUGGGCCGUCUUCAAGUCCAUCGAGUGGGACGGCAAGGUGUUUAAGGAGGGACAACUGGUGAGAACUCAGCGUACUGUCCCGAUCAUCUACGGAACAAUCCAACGUUUCCUUCUGCACGGAGACUACGAGGGAGAGGUGUUCGCUACAGGAGGAGAGAUGGAGAUCAGACAGGAGCCAUCUUCCUUGUAUGACGAGAUGAAAAUUCUGCACCUGUCCAAACUUGACCGCUCCACCACCAAACUACAGGCCAAGAAAUACAUUGAAGAAGAAGAGGCAAAGUAA